GCCAGAACCAUACUGGGUCAAACCAGGCUUGGGUGCGCUGGCACAACCGAUACUGUACUGAGGGGAUGCAUUCGUCCAACAUGUAUAACUGCGCUGCUCCAUGCCGCGCGAUGCGGAUCUUGAUGGCACUCGCCGGGUCUAUUCUACCUAGUAUUCCAUUCGCCACGGGUGUUUCGCGCGAUCAUCAAACAUUUCCCUCGCUCUCCACUUGGAGACACUUGUUUGCGCGAAAGCACGCAGUUGCGACGCCGUCGCCAACAACUUGUGUUGACUCUGCAGGGGGGGCUACGAACAGAUUUGGCAAAGGGUGUGAAGCUUAUUCGCACGAUUACGAAAACCCUUUUUCAGGCAUCUGCUUCGACCCGUACUAUGACGAUUCGGAUUUCACGUCUGGUUCAAUGUGCUGCGUGUGUCCAGAGGAGUGCCCCGACCUGCCACGCAUACGUCUCGAAGAUAACUGUGAGGAUUGGGUUUCCUUCUCGGACGCCAACACCGAUGGGGAAAACCCAGGAAGAUCACAUCAUUCGAAUCUUGGUGGGCUGGGCCCGCAGUUUCACAUGCCGAAUGAGCUUAGAUAUUAUGGCAUUGGACGGACCGCAGAUGGGUCCCCCUUGGACGUCACCUUCACUAAUACAAGCCUGUAUGUUCCGAGGAACACGGAUUGGAACAGCAUUUUUGGCGCCAUGGCGACUGUGAAUCUCCUAACCGGCGAGUCUGUGACUCUCAAAGGGGAGUUUGUGCGAAAUCAUUCUUUCUGCCCUGAGUUCCCAGUCCGGCCAAAGAUCACGUUUUGUGACGUUGACCACUUCAAGGAUGGGGAGAAUGAGGUUGUGUUACUCGACGGCAUUAGCGCCGUCUACACGGUCGACGGCGACAUCGACUUCGACAUGGAGUUGUACGAAUACGAUACCAUCACCAGCAACAACCCAGCUCUGCUGGCUUACAACACGACCUCGGUCCAGACGCCGAUCCCUGGUAGGAGCUCCAGGAUGUACGUCGCCAAUUCUGGGGGCAAGUUCGGGAUCAAGGUGACCUCGUCGAUGUUCGGGCACGGCUGCGACAACCCAGCGGACCCGAACAACCUGACCAACAUCACCUGCCCAACCGCGUCGUCCGUCACCGUGGAUCAGGCGAAGCGAUGCUUCAUGGUUGAGUUCGCUAACACAUCCGAGUUCGUCGUCGGGUUCAAGAUCUUGACGGACGCGCCGCCCUUUUACACCCAGCAGUGGGGCCGCAACUUUGCCAUGUCCGGGACGUCCAACUACUUCGUCGACGAGGAUAGCGUCGCCUGCUUCACGACAGGGUCACCGACGCCUGCCCCGACUGCUGCACCGACAAGUGCACCCACAGCUGCACCAACAUCGGCACCGACAGCUUCACCGACAGCGUCACCGACUGCUGCCCCGACGGCUGCACCCACAGCUUCACCGACAGCGGCACCGACAGCUUCACCAACAGCGUCACCGACUGCUGCCCCGACGGCUGCACCGACAAGUGCACCCACAGAUGCACCGACGUCGGCACCGACAGCUUCACCGACAGCAUCACCGACUGCUGCACCGACAGCGUCACCGACUGCUGACCCGACGGCUGCACCGACAAGUGCACCCACAGGUUCACCGACAGCUUCACCGACAGCGUCACCGACAGCGUCACCGACUGCUGACCCGACGGCUGCACCAACAAGUGCACCGACAGGAUCACCGACAGCUUCACCGACAGCGUCACCGACAGCUGCACCGACAGCGGCACCAACAAGUGCACCCACAGCUGCACCGACAGCGGCACCGACAGCUUCACCGACAGCGUCACCGACUGCUGCCCCGACGGCUGCACCAACUGGUGCACCCACAGCUUCACCGACAGCGUCACCGACAGCUUCACCGACAGCGUCACCGACUGCUGACCCGACUGCUGCACCGACAUCGGCACCAACAGUUGCACCGACGUCGGCACCGACAGCUUCACCGACAUCGUCACCGACUGCUACCCCCACGUCUGCACCGACAAGCGCACCGACAGCUGCACCGACAUCGGCACCGACAGCUUCACCGACCGCGUCACCGACUGCUGCCCCGACGGCUGCACCGACAAGUGCACCCACAGGUGCACCGACAAGGGCACCGACAUCUUCACCGACAGCGUCACCGACUACUACCCCCACGGCGGCACCGACAAGUGCACCCACAGCUGCACCGACGACGGCACCGACAGCUUCACCGACAGCAUCACCUUCUGCUCCCCCGUCGGCUUCCCCAACCGCUGCACCGACAGAAAUGCGGGUGAGCGCGUCUGGCGACCCACACCUGGUCAACGUGCAGG